AUGCUGCUGCAGUUGCCAGAAGCAGAAGGAAAAGCAAAAGCUAAAGUGUUUUUGGAAAGUGCAAAGUGCUUUCAUGAUGACCAACACCAUACUGCUAAUUCCAUUAGGGAAGUUGAGGAAGAAGAAAGAGAGAGGAUAAAAAAGCCACACUACAAUAAUGCCCUCCCUCGUCCCUAUCAGAAAUCGAAACAUAGCAAGUGUAGGGUUAGUAUACGGACUAAGAAUGCUAGUUUUGAUUGUAAUGGAGCCCCACUAGACCCUUCAGUCUACUUUAGAGCUGAUGCUGGUGCUACACCAGAGGGGAUCCAAAUACGAUCAGAUCAACAUGGCCAUGAGGAACAUUAUUAUCAGGAAGAUUUCACUGCCAGCCCUAUACCAAGACGAAGAUCAUCCAGGAGGAGACACUUAAGAUCGCAGUCCAGUCAUGUUGAUAGGGUCAAUUUAGAAGAUAUUGGUGUUGCAAGGAAAAGUUCAUGUAGCAGGAGAAGGGAAAGAUCUAGACGGGGCUUGCAAGUGGUGAUUGAGGAUGAGCAUCAUCAGAAGGAUGAAGAGGAAAGAAUGAUUGACAAACUGCUGUUGCAUUAUAGUAAGAAACCAUCAGCCUACGAACCAGAAAAUGUGAAACAAAAAUUAAGAGCCAGUCCUUUGCACCGCAAUUCCCUUGAUGUUGCUGAAUUGAAGCACCACAGAAGUAGAGAUGCGCCUGAAGUGAAAUCUGAGAAGGUUUCUACCACAGUAAGAUCAUCUUCUCUUCCUCGGGAACAAGCACCUCCAUUGGAGGCUGCAAAAACAUUACCCGUGCCUCUUUCCUCUAGCCAAAUAUGUUGA